CAAGCGGUGAUCGCGCGGCGCGGCUGUCACGCAGCCCGAGCGCGGUGCGCGGAGCGGCCAUGCCGGUGGAGCUGGGGCUGUGGGACGGGCCGCUGAGCCUGAGCGAGGUGGAGCAGAAACCCGCGCACCCGCUGCGCGUCAAGUAUGGCUCCGUGGAGAUAGACGAGCUGGGCAAGGUGCUCACGCCUACACAGGUGCAGCACCGGCCCACCAGCAUCGAGUGGGACGGCUGCGACCCCCAGAAGCUCUACACGCUGGUGCUCACCGACCCCGACGCGCCCAGUAGGAAAGAUCCGAAGUUCAGAGAAUGGCAUCACUUCCUGGUGACCAACAUGAAAGGUAACGAUGUGGGGAGCGGGACCGUGCUGUCAGACUACGUGGGCUCGGGGCCCCCUAAAGGAACAGGGCUGCACCGCUACGUGUGGCUGGUGUACGAGCAGCCAAAGCAGCUGACCUGCAAUGAGCCCAUCCUGUCCAAUCGCUCUGGUGACAAACGAGGGAAGUUCAAGGUAGCAGCUUUCCGCAGCAAGUAUGGGCUGGGGGUGCCGGUGGCUGGCACUUGCUACCAGGCAGAGUGGGAUGACUAUGUGCCGAAACUCUAUGAGCAGCUGUCUGGGAAGUAGGGAGAAGGGACCUGACCAAGCACUGUGCUGCAUUCUCUGUUCCCCUAAGCAUUUCUCUGUAGUUUUGUUUGCCUGGUGAGCUGAGAACCCAGCUGCUCCUGCACUGACAAC